GACGGGCGCUUCCCACGUGCGUCAGGCGGGAGGGGCGGUCCUGCGAGGGCCAGGCGGCGGGGAAGCCGAGGAGGCGCCGGCCGCAGGCGAGCGGGAGCGGCCAUGGCCGGCGACAGCGAGCAGGGCGUGCAGGGCCGCGGGAGGCCGCCCGGCGACGGAGCAGGCGGCGGCGGCGGGGAGCCUUUCCUCAUCGGGGUCGGCGGAGGGACCGCCAGCGGCAAGUCCUCUGUCUGUGCCAAAAUAGUCCAACUGCUUGGUCAGAACGAAGUAGACCAUCGCCAGAAACAGGUGGUGAUUCUGAGCCAGGACAGCUUCUAUCGUGUGCUCAGUACAGAGCAAAAAGCCAAAGCUCUCAAAGGCCAGUUCAACUUUGACCACCCAGAUGCCUUUGACAAUGAGCUGAUCGUCAAAACUCUUAGGGAGAUAUUGGAAGGGAAAACAGUUCAGAUCCCCGUUUAUGACUUUGUCUCUCAUUCUCGCAAAGAAGAGGCAGUGACUGUGUACCCUGCUGAUGUGGUGUUAUUUGAGGGCAUCCUGGCCUUCUACAACCAAGAGGUUCGGGACCUAUUCCAGAUGAAGCUCUUUGUGGACACAGAUGCAGACACCCGACUCUCCCGCAGGGUUCUCCGAGACAUAAGCGAGAGAGGCAGGGACCUGGAGCAGAUCUUAUCUCAGUAUAUUACAUUUGUGAAGCCAGCCUUUGAAGAAUUCUGCUUGCCUACCAAGAAGUAUGCUGAUGUGAUUAUCCCAAGGGGCGUGGAUAAUCUUGUGGCCAUCAAUCUGAUUGUGCAGCACAUCCAGGACAUUCUGAACGGAGGCCUUGGCAAGCGCCAGCCCAACGGCUGCCUGAAUGGCUACACUCCUCCCCGCCUGCAGCAGCACUCAGAAGCAAGCAGCCGGCCACAUUGACCUCAGGGCUGCUGCCUUAGGAACUGAAUGCCCUUGGUUCCUGCCCUGUAUUUACAGCCCCAUGUACAAACACGCUUGCCAGGCUUGGUGGCUUCUUUUCUGACUGAUGGAUAGAUUGAUGAGUCUGUGCUAAGGACUCUUGCUUCCAUAGUCAGAUUUUGCCUUCCUAGGGUGGCUCUGCUCCAAACUCCAACACGGGGCAAUACAUUCCUACAGUGAUUUCUAGGUUUUGUGGAGUGGAAAGGUGGCAUCUCUGUCUUUGGGGAAGAUGGUGCUGUGUGCAAGGCAUUGGGGGAAGAAAUUGAACCAGAACUGGGUGCCCAAAUGGCCCUGCCACUAGCUUUAUAUCACAUCUGGACCUCAGGUUUGUAUUAUCAGCUAGGAAGGGGGGUAAGGAAAGCACCAUUUUUGGCUUGUGCUUUCAGAAAUGUAGAUCAUUGGGCUCUGGUAUGAUGAGAGAUGGGGGAGCUGUUAAGAGAAAAAGGUUUCAACUGAAGUCUCACCUGGGCUCAGAAUGCCCGUUUUCAUCCCCCUACUGCUGAGCAAUAGUUUUGCAAUGGGCUAAUCUUAAAAGUGAUGAGAGCAAAGCAGACACAGCUCCCGAGUGCUGCUUGGCUUUAAGCCUGCACCCAUGUGACUAUAUGGCCACAUACUCUCUGCCUUCCCAAGUAUUCCUGAGCCAGCCUCAGAACUGGUAUUCAUCUGAUGCCUUUGGAUCACCAGAAGUUCUGCAUGUUCAUCCUAGUGGUGCUAAACACAAGAGUGUUGUGUGUCCAUCCCAGCCAGGGAGCAAUGUAUAGAUACUGACUUGGAUGAGCAGGGCUAAUAGUGAGCAUUUCUGACUGGGCCCUGGGAAUGAAUGGGGAGUGACCAGGACACAGGAAAAGGGGUGCGUGUGCCAUGGUGCUCAGUGUAGGGUUGUGUUGAUACAGAUUGAAGCAGUCAACAAUGUUUUCUACCACCCCCACCCACCUUAAUGGUGUGGUUGGAGAGAGAAGGUGCUUGUAUGUCCUCUGGUGUUUUGGGUCCUGGCUGACUGACAAGCCACAGCUAAAUAUUAGCAGCUUCCUGCUCCUGUCCUAGAAGGGGAAUAGGAAGAGCCACUUGUUUUGCCUGCAAGUCUAGGAGGCUUGUUCUUCAGGGUUUAGAUGGAAUUUCUGGAUAAGGUCAGGUGGGAGAACUCUUGGGACUUUGCUCUUUUCCGUAAUUAUUGCUUUCAAGAUGUAAUAUUCAGACUUAAUAAAGGUGGCAUGAAAAGUG